ACCUACUGGUGUAGCUUCGGGUCAGAAUAUUUUCCAUGGCAUAGGCGAUAUUCCAGUGACAAAGUACACAUCAAGACAAAAGAAGUAGUUUAUUCUAAACCAUUCAUCUCAUUGAACCCAAUGGGGUUAGUUCCUUUGGGUGCAGUUGUGACCGUCCAGUGCAAGAAUACAGAGUACCGACUGGCAGAAUAUUAUCUCUUGAAAGAAGGGAGCCCUGAACCAACACAAGUAAAAAGAUCAGACGGGAAAGAAGUUGUAUUUUCCAUUGCCAAUGUCACUUUAUCGGAUGGAGGGAUCUACUGGUGUGAAUACAGAGACAGCUCAAGCCGGAGUGACCGAUACUCACACGCCAGUGACCGACUGUAUCUCAAUGUGACAGAUCCCAGUCUUGCCAAACCACUCAUCCAGAUGGAACCGAAGGGCCCCCAUGUUCUGGGUGCGAAUGUCACCAUCCAUUGUCAGGGGCCAGAAAAGGGUCUGACCUUCCUCCUCUACAGAUCAAUGGACUUGGCAGCCUCACAGAUAGCACAGCCAGACAGCAACACAACUACUUUCUCCAUCCUCACAGUCAGGGCAGAAGAUGUCGGGAACUAUACUUGCCAAUAUCAUGGCAAAGGAAACCCCUUUGUGUGGUCCGAGCCAACUGUGCCUAUGAAGCUGGUUGCGAAAGGCUGGUGGCUGACGGAGCUGUUUGGGUUGUCUGGAGUUACUAGAAAUGCGUAGCAUGCUUUGGGUCGUCUGCAGCCAACAAGACCUCCCUCCCGUUAUCUCCUUGGCUCACACCUCCAGCUGUUGCCUUUUCCUGAGAAGCAGCUUGCAAAGUCUGUGCUCUCCUAUCAGGCAAUGCCAAGUUGCUUUUAAAAUAGCUUUCCAGAGAUGUCAGUGAGGGGAGAGCUUCUAUAAUCUUCUGGCCGAGAACAUCAAAAGCAUGCCUUAAUGAAUCAAGGUUACGGGAGG